CCUUCAUUUCUCACUAAGCUCACUCAAACUUCACCGACAAAAAAAACUUAAACUUUCUCCACAUCUUUCUUGUUGAAUCCACCUUUGCAUUUUAAAAUGCAUUACCAAACCGAGUCAUGGAGUUCGUAUGUUCCACAGAGAACCGUUGGUGGCGACCCGUUGGAGCGCAUAGAGCGGCUGGCCUCAGAGAAUGCGGUGGUGAUCUUUAGCAUGAGCUCCUGCUGCAUGUGCCACGCCAUCAAGCGGCUGUUUUGCGGGAUGGGUGUGAACCCGACUGUGCACGAGCUGGACGAGGACCCGAGAGGCAAAGAGAUGGAGAAGGCUCUCAUGAGGCUUCUGGGUGGUUCUUCUUCUGUUCCUGUUGUUUUCAUUGGCGGGAAGCUGGUUGGUUCCAUGGACAGAGUCAUGGCCUCUCAUAUCAAUGGCACUCUUGUGCCUCUUCUCAAAGAGGCUGGCGCUCUUUGGCUUUGAUGAUCCUCAUGAUUUAUCUUCUCCAAUAACACUUCCAAAAAACCCC